AUGUCGCUGAAGCUGCAGAAGCGCCUCGCCGCCUCCGUGAAGAAGUGCGGCAAGGGCCGGAUCUGGCUCGACCCCAAUGAGGCGAGCGAGAUUUCGAUGGCAAAUUCCAGGUUCAACAUCAGAAAGCUGAUCAAGGACGGCCUCAUCAUCCGCAAGGCCGUCAAGAUGCACUCUCGCUCGCGGGUGCGGAAGAACCUCGAGGCCAAGCGCAAGGGCCGCCACAUGGGCAUCGGCAAGCGCAGGGGUACCAAGGAGGCCCGAAUGCCCAGCAAGGUGCUGUGGAUGCGCCGCCAGCGCGUGCUCCGCCGCUUGCUGCGCAAGUACCGCCAGCAGAAGAAGAUCGACAAGCACCUCUACCAUUACUUCUACCGCCACGCCAAGGGCAACGCCUACAAGAACAAGCGGGUGCUCGUUGAGGCGAUCCACAAGAUGAAGGCCGAGAAGAUGAAGGCCAAGGCACUCGCAGAACAGCAGGAGGCGCGCAAGGAGAAGGCGAAGCUCCAGAAGGCCAAGAAGGCGGAGAAGAAGGAGACGCUGCUGCGCCAGGCUGAGGGCAAGUGA